AUGACAUUUCAUAGGCACAAACAUAACAACAGUGGGAAUAACACAAACAGAAACUGGGAUGUUCUUAAGCAAGGUCGGGCAUUUUGUUUCCUCCCUUUGCCCGUAAAAACUGGAAUGGCUGUGCAAGUUAAUGGAUUCUUUGAGGUUUCAUCAAAUCGUCGUGGCAUUUGGUAUGGAGCUGAUAUGGACAGAGCUGGAAGAAUUCGUUCCACGUGGAACAGGCUUCUCUUAGAAGAUGUUGUGGCUCCUAGUUUUGCACAAUUACUGCUUGGAGUGCAAGGGUUACUUGGUCCAACAAAGUUGUAUUACUCUUUGUGGCCUACUGGUUCUUUUGAAGAGCCAUGGAACAUAUUAGUUGAGCAUAUUUACAGGCACAUUGGUGAUCUUCCUGUUUUUUAUUCCAACCUUGAAGGAGGAAAAUGGGUUUCACCAAUGGAAGCUUUUAUUCAUGACGAGGAGUUUUCUAAAAGCAAAGAACUUGGGGAGGCUCUUUUACAGCUAGGACUGCCUGUUGUUCGUUUGCCUAAUGCCUUGUCUAAUAUGCUGUUGAAAUGUGCAUCUAAUUUUCAGCAAAAUGUCGUUACUCCUCACUUGGUACGACAUUACCUUAGGGAAUGCGAAAAGAGUUGUAUAUUAAACAGAUCUUACAAGCUUAUAUUGUUGGAGUAUUGCCUUGAAGAUCUGAUUGAUGCUGAUGUUGGUAGACAUGCGUACAACCUGCCUCUGCUUCCGUUAGCAAGUGGUGACUUUGGAUUCUUGUGUGACUCUGCAAAAAGGAUAUCUUAUUUUAUCUGCAAUGAGCAGGAAUAUGUGCUUCUUAAACAAAUAUCUGAUAGAGUAAUUGACCGGAAUAUUCCUUUCAAUAUAUUAAGCCGACUAUCAGCUAUUGCAAAGGCCUCAACUACAAAUCUUCUUGUUUUCAAUCUUAAUAGUUUCCUUCAGUUAUUCCCUAAAUUUGUACCUGCUGAAUGGAAAUACAAAACUGAAGUAUUCUGGGAUCCAGACUCAAAUUCUAAUCAUCCAACAUUUUCAUGGUUUGUACUUUUUUGGAAGUAUCUUGAAAAUCAGUGUGAAAAAUUGUCCCUGUUUGGUGAUUGGCCUAUCUUGCCAUCCCUUUCUGGCCAUCUUUAUAGACCAUAUGGACAUUCAAAAUUGCUGAACGUGGAAAAAUUGUCUGAAAGAAUGCAAGAUCUCCUUGUUAAGAUAGGUUGCAAGAUACUGAACAGAGGUUAUUUCAUUGAACACCCAGAUUUAUAUCAUUAUGUUUGUGACGCUGAUGGUGCUGGUGUUUUGGAGUCAAUUUUUGACGUUGUAUCUUCAGAUGAUAGCAUAAGACAAGCAUUUCUUCUUUGCUUGGAAGCGAAAGAGAGGGACGAGCUUCGUCGAUUUCUACUGGAUCCACAAUGGUACAUUGGAGACCGUAUGGCUGAAUCAUACAUAUGGAAGUGCAAGAGACUGCCCAUUUAUAGAGUCUAUGGUGGAGAAUCCGCUGAAAAUUUUCAGUUUUCAGAUUUAGAGAACCCUCAAAAAUACUUGCCCCCUUUAGAUUGUCCAGAGCUCUUUCUUUGUGGUGAGUUCAUCCGAAGUUCGUCACCAACUGAAGAAGAGGUACUAAAUAAAUAUUAUGGAAUUGAUCGAAUGGUAAAAGCAUGCUUUUACAAGCAGCAAGUGCUAAAUAGAGUAAGGGAGUUGCAACCAGAAAUUCGUGACAGCAUCAUGCUUUCAAUUCUGCAAGAGCUACCACAAUUAUGUAUUGAGGAUGCAUCUUUCCGAGAAGGUUUGAGAAAUUUGGAAUUUGUCCCCACUUCUAGUGGUUCUCUGAAGUGUCCGUCGUUGUUAUACGAUCCUCGGAAUGAAGAAUUAUUUGCUUUACUUGAAUAUUCUGAUAGUUUCCCAUCCAAUGUUUUCCAAGAAUCAGGCAUUUUAGAUAUGCUACAAAGUUUGGGUCUUAGGACAUAUGUGUCUCCUGAGACAGUCAUACAAAGUGCUCGACAGGUAGAACAGUUAAUGCGCGAUGACCAACAAAGGGCUUGUUCAAGAGGCCAAGUGCUUCUUUCCUACCUUGAGGUUAAUGCAUCGAAGUGGCUACCUAAUCCACCGACAGAUAAUCAGGGAACAGUGAACCGAAUGUUCUCAAGAGCUGCAACUGCAUUUAAACCUCGUACUUUGAAAACUGACCUUGAGAAGUUCUGGAGUGAUCUCAGGUUAAUCUGCUGGUGCCCAGUUCUUGUUUCUUCUCCAUAUCAAUCUUUACCAUGGCCUGCUGUUUCAUCAGUUGUUGCUCCACCAAAACUUGUGAGAUUGUACUCGGACCUUUGGCUUGUUUCAGCAACCAUGCGAAUACUGGAUGGAGAAUGUUCUUCCUCAGCAUUAUCAUAUCACCUUGGGUGGUCUUCUCCGCCUGGAGGAAGUGUAAUUGCUGCCCAACUGCUUGAGCUUGGAAAAAAUAAUGAAAUAGUGACUGAUCCUGUGCUUCGGCAAGAAUUGGCCUUAUCAAUGCCGAGGAUAUACUCUAUACUUAUGGGCAUGAUCAGUACAGAUGAGAUGGACAUUGUCAAGGCUGUUCUAGAAGGGUGCCGAUGGGUUUGGGUGGGAGAUGGCUUUGCAACCUUGGAUGAGGUGGUCCUUAAUGGUCCUCUUCAUUUGGCUCCCUACAUGCGCGUUAUACCUGUUGAUUUAGCAGUUUUCAGGGAUUUAUUUUUGGAGCUUGGCAUUCUAGAAUUCUUAAAGGCCAGUGAUUAUGCUAAUAUAUUAUGCAGAAUGGCUACGAGGAAAGGUUCUGAUCCUCUGGAUGCUCAGGAGAUCAGGGCUACCAUACUGAUUGCACAGCAUCUGGCUGAAGCUCCAUUUUAUGAUGAGAAAAUCAAGAUCUGUCUGCCAGAUGUGAUGUUGCGACUAAUUACUGCUUCUGACUUGGUUUAUAAUGAUGCUCCCUGGUUGAUCAGCUCGGAAGUUCCUGAUAGCAUGUUUGGUAAUGCAUCUUUGGUUUUAAGUGCUAAAGGAACUGUUCAAAAAUUUGUGCAUGGGAACAUUUCUAAUGAUGUUGCAGAGAAGCUGGGUGUCCGUUCACUUCGAAGGAUGUUGCUUGCGGAGAGUGCUGAUUCAAUGAAUCUGAGUUUAUCUGGAGCUGCUGAAGCAUUUGGACAGCAUGAAGCCUUGACAACAAGACUCAAACAUAUACUCGAAAUGUAUGCUGAUGGACCUGGGAUUCUCUUUGAGCUCGUGCAAAAUGCGGAGGAUGCAAGAGCUUCUGAGGUGGUCUUUUUAUUGGAUAAAACACAAUAUGGGACUUCCUCUGUGCUAUCCCCAGAAAUGGCAGAUUGGCAGGGCUCUGCUUUGUAUUGUUUCAAUGACUCUGUUUUUAGUCCUCAAGAUCUAUAUGCAAUCUCCCGUAUUGGUCAAGAAAGUAAAUUAGAGAAGCCGUUUGCAAUUGGUAGAUUUGGGCUGGGAUUUAAUUGCGUUUAUCACUUCACAGAUCUCCCCACAUUUGUCUCGGGGGAAAAUAUUGUCAUGUUUGAUCCCCAGGCUUGUAAUUUGCCUGGAAUCUCUCCAUCUCAUCCUGGUCUACGGAUUAAAUUUGUGGGCAGAAGGAUUUUGGAACAAUUUCCUGAUCAAUUUUCUCCAUUUCUGCACUUUGGCUGUGAUUUGCAGCAUUCAUUUCCUGGUACUCUCUUCCGUUUUCCCCUCAGGAGUGCAAAUGUUGCUUCCAGAAGCCAAAUAAAGAAAGAAGUGUAUGCACCUGAAGAUGUCAUAUCACUGUUUUCUUCUUUUUCUGAGCUUGUGUCCGAGACACUCCUUUUUCUCCGCAACGUAAAGACCAUCUCCAUAUUCAUAAAAGAAGGAGGUACUAGUGAAAUGCAACUAUUACAUCGUGUGCAGAAGCAUUCUGUUAGUGAGGCUGAAGCUGAAACCACUCCUUUUCAUAAUAUGUUCAGUUUAAUGCAUGGAAAUCAGCAAGAUGGAAUGGAUAAGGAUCAGUUCCUCAGCAAACUGAGCAAAUCUGUAGGCACAGAUUUGCCAUGGAAAUGUGAGAAGAUUAUGGUGACUGAACAAGGCUCCUCUGGUGAUAAAUCGCACUUGUGGUUAACUAGUGAGUGCUUAGCUGGUGGCCAUGUUAAGGGUAACUCUGCAUCCUUUAGUAGUAAAUCUAAUAGAUGUGUUCCCUGGGCUUGUAUUGCCUCUCAUUUGCACUCUGUAAAGCUUGAAAGAAAAUUAACCACUUGUGGAAAUAUUGAGGAAUUUUGUGCUACUACUCCUGACAUACCUCAAGUCCCUGUAACAUCCAUUGAAGAUAGAAACAAUUCUGGGGGACGUGCCUUCUGUUUUUUACCACUUCCAAUAUAUACUGGUCUUCCGGUACAUGUUAAUGCAUAUUUUGAAUUGUCAUCCAAUCGAAGGGAUAUAUGGUUUGGAAAUGACAUGGCAGGUGGUGGGAAAAAACGCUCAGAGUGGAAUAAAUACCUCCUUGAAGAUGUUGUUGCCCCAGCAUAUGGCCGCUUGUUGGAGAAAGUUGCAUUGGAAAUUGGCCCAUGUGAUUUGUUCUUUUCUUUCUGGCCAACAACAAUAGGGUUGGAACCUUGGGCAUCAAUGGUACAGAAACUUUAUCUUUAUAUUGCUGAUUUUGGUGUUCGUGUAUUGUAUACAAAAGCUAGAGGGGGCCAGUGGAUCUCAACUAAGCAGGCUAUUUUUCCUGAUUUUAGUUUUGACAAGGCAUGUGAGCUUGUAGAAGCAUUGUCAGAUGCUGGUUUACCAGUGGCGAGUGCUCCUAAGCCACUUGUGGACAAAUUUAGAGAGGUCUGCCCUUCAUUGCACUUCCUUACACCUCAGUUGCUACGUACCUUGUUAAUUCGCCGGAAACGUGGAUUCAGGGACAGGAAUGCAAUGAUCAUGACCCUUGAGUAUUGCUUACUGGAUUUAAAAAAUCCUGUUCAAUCUGAUAGUUUCUUUGGUUUACCUCUGGUACCUCUUUCCAAUGGUUCAGUCACAACAUUCGAGAAGAGGGGGGUGAGCGAAAGAGUUUAUGUUGUAUGUGGAGAUGAAUACAGUCUUCUUGCGGACUCCAUCCCUCAUCAACUUGUGGAUUGCAGAAUCUCAGAUGGUCUUUACAGAAAACUAUGUGAUAUAGCCCGAAGUGAGGAUUUCAAUUUGUCAGUUCUGACAUGCCAUUUGCUUGAGAAGCUCCUUUGGAGAUUACUUCCGGCUGAAUGGCAGCACGCUAAGCAGGUAAUUUGGGACCCUGGUCAUCAAGGCCAGCCUAGUUUGGAAUGGAUGAGACUGCUGUGGAGCUAUCUCAAUUCAUGUUGUGAUGAUCUUUCAAUGUUUUCUAAGUGGCCUAUUUUGCCUGUUGGAAAUAAUCAUCUCCUGCAGCUUGUUGAAAAUUCGAAUGUGAUCAAAGAUGAUGGGUGGAGUGAGAACAUGUCUUCACUGUUGUUGAAGGCUGGAUGCCUAAUUUUAAGGCAUGACUUCCCACUUGAACAUGGACAAUUGAAAAAUUAUGUGCAGUCUUCUACGGCUACUGGCGUUUUAAAUGCAUUACUGGCUGUUGCAGGUAACCCAGAGUACAUUGAGGGGUUGUUUAGUGAUGCAUCAGAGGGUGAGAUGCAUGAACUUAGGAGUUUUAUUCUUCAGUCCAAGUGGUUCUGUGACGACUUGUUGGAUGACCUGCAUAUUGAUAUCAUAAAAAACAUUCCUAUGUUUGAAUCAUUCCGCAGUAGAAGAUUAGAAUGUUUGAGUAAACCUACCAAAUGGCUUACACCGGAUGGUGUUCAUGAGGACAUUUUAAAUGACGACUUUGUACGAAUGGAAUCUGAGAAAGAAAGAAUCAUUCUGAGGAAAUAUUUGGAUAUCAGAGAACCAUCGAGGGUGGAAUUCUAUAAAAAUUAUGUACUCAAUCACAUGCCAGAAUUUAUUUCACAGGAUCGAUCUCUAUUUGCCAUUUUACACGAUAUCAAACUUUUGAUGGAGGAAGAUAACUCCAUCAAAACUGGGAUUUCUACAGUACGUUUUGUUUUGGCACGCAGUGGAGAUUGGAAAGAGCCAUCCAGGUAUGUAUGUUUUACUACGAUUCUAUCCAAAAAUACUUGGGACGAGGCUUUGUUGAAUUGA